CAGAAAACAGGGGAGAUAAUUUUACACAGAUUGUGAAAUUCAACAAACAAUGUUUUUUCAUGUUUCUCUGGAACAUGAGAUCCUACUUCAUCCACGAUAUUUUGGUCCUAAUUUAUUGAACAUAGUAAAACAGAAAUUGUUCACAGAAGUGGAAGGAACAUGUACAGGAAAGUAUGGCUUUGUAAUAGCAGUUACUACAAUAGACAACAUAGGAGCAGGCUUAAUACAACCCAGUAGAGGAUUUGUUGUUUAUCCUGUCAAAUAUAAAGCUAUUGUUUUCAGACCAUUCAAAGGAGAGGUUUUAGAUGCUGUAGUUACCCAAGUAAACAAGGUUGGUUUGUUCACAGAAAUAGGACCAUUGUCAUGCUUUAUAUCAAGACAUUCAAUUCCUGCCGACAUGGAGUUUGAUCCCAAUUCUAACCCUCCCUGUUAUAAAACCAAAGAUGAGGAUGUUGUUAUACAGCAAGAUGAUGAAAUCAGAGUGAAGAUUGUAGGAACAAGAGUGGAUGCUAAAGAUAUUUUUGCCAUUGGAACAUUAAUGGAUGACUACUUAGGUCUGUGUAGUUGAGGAUGUUUUUUAUGUUCAGAUGUGUAUUCGGAAUAGGCAGCUACCACAGUUGACAGAGGGAGAAAUCCUGAGAACUAUUCAAGUGUAUAAUGUAUAUAAUGUUAACCUUACUGAAGAACAAUUUUGUACGGUCAUUAUUAUUGUUUUAAAAAACAAUAGUAAUACACUUCGUCCAGUCAGGACAAAAAUAAAGCUUUUUAAACAGUCUUA